AUAUUAGAAUUAUUUAUUUUUUCCUAAACAAAUUUACAUAAGUUAUAACAUUGAUUUUAUUUUACGUAAAUGAUUCCUUGUUUUUGUAAUAAUUAAAAAAAAAAACAUGUCGGUAGUACUUAUAGAUAGCGCAGUACGGGGCAGAGUUAAGGAAAGGGUAAAAUAAGUCGUACGUCUGAAUUUUUUUUUGCACCAAUCCUAUGUAUUAUCAAAUUAUAAUUAUUUAAUCUCUAUAUAAACAUUUUUUACUCGAUUAACCUGUUUUCGUACUAAAAUGACAAAUGACAAUGAUUAAUACUACCUAUUAGAUAGGCAUUAUACAUUAUUAUGAAAUAAGGUCGACUAUCGAAGUCAAUGAAAUUCUUUAAAUUUUGUCUUCAGUCUUCAAUGAAGUGGUUUUAUAGUGUUGUAGAAAGAAUAUAACAUAUAGGCACAAUGUUCAAUUUUUUAAAGUCGCCUAAGUUUAUUUGUAUUUUGUUUGUAUACUUAAAAAAUGUUCAUGCUUGUCAUGACCUAAAUGCCAAUUUUACCCAUUAUUUGUCAUCGAAAACGCCUUAUAGAUAUGUAGCAAACUAUAAUACAGAUCCACUUGAAUACGAUGGUUGUAAAGCGUGGAAAAUUUGGUUAGUCCAAAGACAUGGUACGAGAACUCCAGGCAAGCCUUUGGAUGUGUUUGUCAAGAACAGACUCCCACAAAUUCAACAAGACAUUGUGAAUAGUCUAAUUAAAGGAGAUUUAUGUAAUGAAUAUGAAAUCAAAUAUUGGAAGCCACACAGAGAACUAGAUGACCAAAAGAGGUUGACCACUGAAGGAGAAGAUGAGCUUUUCGAAAUAGCUGAAAGGUUUCAACAAAGGUUACCACAUCUACUCGAUCAACCCGUGGAGAAUACAAAUUUUUUGUUUAGGUUCACUGACACUCAAAGAACGGAACGGAGUGCUCUACAGUUUGCGACUGGUUUAUUUGGUCGCGUUGAAGUAAAAAACAUAUCAUUUCCAAAGCCUCUUGAUAAGGACCCAUUAUUGAGAUUUUACAAAGUAUGCCAAAAAUGGAGAAAGAAUGUUAAAAAAUCUCCUGAAGCAACUAUCGAGCAUAAAAAAUUCAUCGAAAGUAGUAUAGUAAAUAAAACUCUUUCACAUUUGUCAAAACGGCUUGGGCUUGACUACGUGUUGACUUUUAAUGAUGCCAAAAAUAUGUACUCGUACUGUGCUUUUGAAACCGCUUGGGAAAAAAAUAAAAUUUCACCAUGGUGUUCAGUAUUUAGUGAAUCGGAUUUUAAAGUUUUUGAGUACAGUGAAGAUUUAAAACACUUUUUAAUAGACGGUUAUAACUAUGAAUUGACCUACAAACAAUCUUGUGUUUUAUUAAAAAAUAUGAUUGAACAUUUUGAUGAUGAAGACUUAAACAGUAACAAUGGGAUUUUCUAUUUCACUCAUUCCGGAACAAUUUUAAAAAUGCUUGGAUUGUUGAGCUUAUACAAGGAUGACAAUUUUUUGAGGCACGAUAACUAUUUGGAAAUGGAAAAUCGUCAGUGGAGGACAUCAAAAAUUGACGCGUUCGGAUCGAAUUUGGCUUUUGUCCUUUACAAAUGUAACAAUGAUGAUAUGAAAAUAAUUAUGUUGCAUCAAGAAAGAAUUAUAAAAAUUCCUGGAUGUGACGCAGAACUAUGUUCUUAUGAAAAAUUUAAACUACAUUACCAAGCAAAACUUAAAAACUGUGAUUUUAAUGAAAUGUGUGGUAUUCAUAAGUAAUCCAAAACGUCAAAUUUAACUAAUCGUUUUUAUUUAUGGUCGUUACCAGUUUUGUGUUCUAUACUAGUGUGUUUUAAUUAGCAAUUUUUGUUAUUGACAGUUACCAUUGUAUGGACAGCAUCGCUAUUCAGCUUAUAUUAAUGUAUUUUGAUGCAACUAAUGUACAAUAAUGUGAAUUGUAAUUUAAUUUAUGUUUUAUGUAUGUGUGUCAAAUUUUUAACAAGGCAACUGUUUUAUU